AUGUCUGUCUGGAACCCCGAUAAUAUCCGCGACGUCGCUGAGUCCGUCGGUAUUCUCAAUCUGAAUCACGAUGUGACCGAGAAUCUGGCCCGAGAUGUUGAAUAUCGCAUCGCGCAGGUUCUCGAGGAAGCGCUGAAGUCUAUGCGCCAUGGGAAGCGCACGAUUCUUACUACUCAGGACGUCGCACUGGCCUUGCGCAACCUCGACGUGGAGCCCUUGUACGGCUACGACUCGACCCGCCCGCUGAAGUUCGGCGAAGCCUCCCUGGGGCCCGGCCAACCGUUAUUCUACGUUGAAGAUGAGGAGGUGGACUUUGAGAAGUUGAUCAAUGCACCUCUGCCAAAGGUUCCUCGCGAGGUCUCCUUCACUGCCCACUGGUUAGCCGUUGAAGGCGUACAGCCGUCAAUUCCCCAGAACCCUACCGCUGCCGAUUCUCGCAACCUCGAACUGGUCUCCAAGGGACCUAACGCCAACUCCACACUGGCGGCAAUUAGUGGCACCGGAGAUGUGGCUGUUAAACCACUGGUCAAGCAUGUGCUUUCACGGGAACUCCAGCUCUAUUUUGAGAAAGUUUGCAGUGCUUUCCUGCACGAAACCAGUGAGGAUUACCGCACCUCUGGGUACUCCAGCCUUCGCGAGGAUCCAGGUCUGCACCAACUGGUGCCGUACUUCGUCCAGUUCAUUGCCGAGAAGGUCACACAUAGUCUCAAGAAUGUAUUCAUUCUUACUCAGGUCAUGCAUAUGGCUGAGGCAUUGGUUCAGAACCAGUCUCUUUACGUGGAUCCUUAUAUCGCAUCCCUCGUUCCGUCCAUCCUCACCUGCCUGAUCGGCCGACAACUCGGUGGCACUGCUGAUCUCGUGGAGUCAUUCGCUCUACGGGACAUGUCCGCCUCUCUCCUCAGUCUCAUCGCCAGGAAGUACUCUCAUUCGUCUCACAUGCUCAAGCCUCGACUCGUGCGCUCCUGUCUCAAGACCUUCCUCGACCCAUCCAAGCCAUUCGGUGCUCACUAUGGUGCCGUGAUAGGCCUGCAAUCUGUCGGUGGCUCUGAGGUAGUUCGAGUACUGAUCAUUCCCAACCUACCUGAAUACACCAAACUUCUCAGUGAUGGCUUGGACGAUGCUGCCCGUCGCCCCGCUGCGGAACGAGUACUGAAUGCAAUUGUGGCUGUGUUGGCCUCGUUGCGCAGCAGCCAACAGUUCUUAACUAAUGGUCAUACUGUGACGGGUGACCUCCGCGCCAAAUUGGUUGACAAGGUCGGUGAGCUUAUUGCGGCAAAGAUUGUGGAGGCCGAUGAGGUGCAGCUGGCACAUGUCAUUCUGGAAGCUUAA